AUGAAGUUCCUCGCCGCCCUUUCGAUUGCCCUGGCAACAGCUUCCAGCGUGGCUGCUCAAGCCGUCGGUGGUGGUGAGUAGUCGCAUUGUCAAAACCUUGCAAUGUCAAAGACGAGAGGCGCACAAUGGCCUCGGGGAGCGUCAGAUUUUUGAAACGUCGAGCUGAAAUUAAAACUGACCUGGUGGAUUGCGCGCUGCCCUCGCCCAGAAUUUAGCGAACAAGUUCUCUCCGCGCUCCGCAGCAAUGGCCUGACAUCGCUUGCCGAUGCAGUAGCUGCGAACCCUGCAGUGGUCGUGGCGCUGCAGAGCCCCGGCAACAAGACUGUGCUUGCGCCCACCAACCAAGCGCUCGAGAGCGCCGGCACUCUGCCCCAAGGCGCUGCUUUGGUCAACUUGCUGUCCUACCACGUUCUGAACGGUUCUUACACCAACGAUAGAAUCGACGACGGACCCUUGCUUGCCCGCACCUUGUUGACUUCUGGCGUUGAGCUUCCAGGCAAUGCGAGCCAGGUCGUGAUUUUGGACUCACAAGGUGAUGACGACAAUGAGCGCUCCUUCGUCAGGGGCAACACCGCCAACGUCACGUUCGCAAGCGGUACCGACGGUCCCGUUGUCGGAAGCAUUCGAGUCCAACCAAUCGAGAGCGUUUUGACUCCUCCAGGAGACCUUAGCUCGGUGCUCGGCGGAUUCGAAGGCGCCUCCGCUGCAGUCGAAGCUUUCAACGGCGCCAACUUGGUCACUGCGCUCUCCAACACACGCGGCAUCACGAUUUUUGGUGCGUAGAUCGUUGACCGAGCACUCAGGUGCCGAAACAAGCUGAUCUGUGUGCCUUGCCCUGCGUAGUCCCCAACAAUGCCGCUUUCGAGGCUGCUCAGGCGAAUAUCGCCUCCGCUCCUCAGGAGGCGCAACUCGCCGUGCUGAGGAACCACGUCAUCAACGGUGAGACGCAAGAAAAAAAUUUGGCGCGUCUUGCAAUCCGACAUGAUCGCUGAUGUACCCACCUUGAUCACCCCGCUCUAAUGCAGGCACUACCAUCUACUCUCCUCAAAUUGAUGAGGAUGCUGGGGACAACACUGUGGAGGAUGGCUUGCGUCAGUACAGCAGAGCCACAUCUGCUUCCGGACAGGAGCUUAGAUUCGUCGAAGAGGACGACAACGUCUUCGUGGAGACCGAGGGCGCACGCGCCAGAAUUGUCAGGUCCGACCUUCUCUUCGCCAACGGUGUGGCCCACGUAAUCGACGGUGUGCUCUUCAACACCAACACCAACCAGACCGCUGGUGAGUAGGCUGCGCUAUUUAUUUGUGUCCGCUUAUGUGUCUACUUACACUUGCCCCAUGCCUGCGUCCAUCAGCCGACGAUGCAGCUGAUGAUGCCGAAGAGGAGGGCAACAACAACGCCGGCGGUGGAAGCUCUGGCGGCAACACUGGCGCGGGUGGUGGCAGCGGUGGUGGCAGCGGCUCAAGUCCGGACGGAGCCCUCUCUGGCGCGACCGCGAGCAUGACUGUCGCAUCCCUGUUCGCUGCCGUCAUCGCCGGUGCCCUGACACUUGCCUAA